UCUGCUAAACAAAACCCCUGUCCGAGUAACUCUCUUCUCUCAAGUAAAGACAAACUGCACCCCCAAACAUUCCUCCUGGUCAAACUGACUGACUGGAUUAAGAAAUUAACAAGGAUUGGGAAGAGGUUUCUGUUCAUCUACGGUAUCAAGAACAUUUCUUGCAACAGGGGUAGCAUUUUCUGGAGAACACCACCAUGGUGAGGAAUAUUGAUGACUUCAAUUUUAGUCUUCCAUCCCAUCCUCAGUCUAUUCUGGAAGGCUUACAGGCCCUGCGCUCCAAUCCCAAACUCUCAGAUGUCACCUUAAUAGUUGGGGGACAUGAAUUCCCCUGCCACCGCAGCAUGCUGGCUCUCUGCAGUCACUACUUCAAUGCGAUGUUUGCUGGUGACUUCCUGGAAAGCUUUUCAGCUCGUGUAGAGAUACAAGAUGUGGAUCCUGUUAUUAUGGAGUCUUUGAUUGACUUUGCUUACACAGGAAAGGUAACCAUCAAUCAGGGGAAUGUGGAGGCCUUAAUUCGAACAUCCAACCAACUUCACUUCCCCAUUAUCCGGAAAGUCUGCAGCCGGUACCUGAGGCAGCAGAUGGAUGCAACCAACUGCUUGGGCAUUUGUGAGUUUGGGGAAAUGCAUGGCUGCCCAGAAGUGUCAUCCAAGGCUUGGUCAUUUCUGCAGGAGAAUUUUGAGCUUGUGUCUCAGCAGGAGGAGUUCCUUGAGUUAUCCAAAGAGAGACUGGUCAUCUACUUAUCUAACAACCUACUCCAAGUGCAGGAAGAGCAGAGCCUGGUUGAGGCUGUGCUUCGGUGGGUGAAGUAUGAAAAAACUGCUAGAGCCAUGCAUCUGCCAGAACUCCUUGACCUGGUACAUCUAGUCACAUUGCCAGAUCAGUAUCUGCAGAAUCUCUUGUCAACAGAACCAUUGAUUCAGGAAUCGGAUGCUUGCAAGACCAUUAUCACCAAACAUCGCAGCACGGUGGAGAACAGGCCAUUUGUCCAGCAGAGACUUAAGGCCCUUCCACAAAAGCUUGAGGAGGUACUGGUAGUGGUAGGUGGUAGAGCCCUGGAAGAGAACGAAGAAGAGGAUGGAGAGGCACAACCACCACCAAUAUCCAGGAACUUUGCCUUUUUUAACACAAAGACAAAAGAAUGGAUUGCUCUUCCUGAUUUUCCAGAUUACAAUAAAUGGGGUUUUUCUAUGAUUGCACUAAAUAACAAAGUUUACAUCACAGGUGGCUCAAGGGGUUCACAGAAUGACACGUGGUCUACAACCCAGUCAUGGUGCUUCUGCUUCAAGAAAGGUGCCUGGAAGCCCAUUGCUCCAAUGCUAAAGCCUCGCACAAACCAUGCUACUGCUGUUCUCAAUGGAGAGAUCUAUGCAAUCGGUGCUACAGGUACCACUGUGGACAUUGUGGAGGUGGAAUGCUACGAUCCAUAUAAUGACAGCUGGUGUUUUGUCAGCCCUGCCCUGAAGUAUGUCAGCAACUUUGCCAUAGCUGGAUGUCUUGGGAAGCUGUACCUGAUAGGCUCUUGUGCUGUCAAAUACAAUGCAUUAACUCUGCAGUGUUACAACCCGGCCAUAGAUGUCUGGAGUGUCAUUGCCUCCCCUUUUAUCCCAAAAUACCUCUCUGCUCCCUGCUGUGUCGCUUUGCAUGGAGUCAUCUAUCUUAUUGGAGACAACACAAAGAAAGUCUAUGUGUAUGAUCCAGAUGCUAACAUAUGGCAGAAGGUACAACAGCUCCACACCUUGCAUGAAAAUGGAGGGAUGGUGUCUCUUGGAGGUAAACUGUUUGUUACAGGUGGACACUGGAAAGGUAUGGAUGGUGACUAUCGUGUGGAGAUGGAAAUUUAUGACUGUGCCAAGGAUAUCUGGACAAGAGAAGGCUCCCUCCCAUGUUUAUGGCUCUACCACAGUUCCUCUUCUAUUUUCAUAGACACUUCAAAGUGGAGAGAACUUUUCUUGGGAAACCAAGUGUGACAUGAGAAUAUGGAACAAGGCCUCAGAGGGCAGCUUCUCCUAUGAAAAAGAACAGACCACUUUUCAGUAUCAUGUUUUUACAUUUUCUUUUACAUUCACCUUUUUGUUUUCCUACUACAGCCCUUUCUGAGUUGAACCAAUUUGCCCAAAGAUUAAUAUAAAUAACGUUAGUCACAGCUGGUGCAUUAAAAAACUAGUGGUAAUUGUAGAUGAAGAUUUAUAAAGCUGUUGAGAAGAGGGGGUAGGAGUGUGGUUAAAACCAUAAUCUUACAAUCAGCAUAUGGUCAAAGCAAAACAUUUGUAUUAAUGCUAGACUACUAAUGGUAAAGCAAUACCAGUCCUACAUGUCACUUGCAGCCAUUGUCUUCACUCAAGAGAAUAUUUACUAACACGGAUAGUAUAACAUGUGAUGCCCUGUAAAUGUCUUCCAUUUCUAAAAUUGUACAAUGUACCUUUCCAAAAAAAUGCCACAGCUAAAAUAGGUGAGCUCUCUCCACAAAACUCAGUAAGAACCUGAUGCUUAUUGUGAAAACGAUGCUCACAUAGAUGAGUUCCAUGGGGAAAGUGAAUAGUGCUUAAGCAUAUUGAUUUCAGUAGGUUUAAGGGUGAUUAAUUCUGUGUUGAAUAGUGGCUGGACCCUGAAAAGUGCCAAAUAUAACAUGGGCCAACCCCAAGUCAAAACCAGAAGUUUUGCAGUGCAAACUGGAGGUCAUAGUGAGUAAUUUGAUGGGUGCAUUAGUGAUAAACUUGUCUGGGAAAGCUAUUUCUCUGGUUAAUCUGAAAUUCCCAUGUUAUGAAUAUUUCUGUUCUUCGUUAAGUAAAUUUCUGCUUGAUUUAAUUAUCUUGUAUAUUAAAUUAUAUUAAAUCUGCCUUUGAAAUGUAGAUUGACAUAUUUGAUAUCCUUCGUGUUGGUCAUCAUUAGUCAUAAUUAAUCACUAUAAUCGAGAAAUCUGAGAAUAACCCCAUCAUUUAUCAUGUAAUGCUUUUAACUGCAGUUGGUAUUUGUUCAAAUAAUUGUAUUUUUAAUGCUAGAAGUC